AUGAUUCCGAGACAGGUUUAUAGGACCGCUAUUAAACAACAUAGAGUGCUCGGUUUUGCUGGUAGAAGGCUACAGUCUAAUAAGGCAUCUCCAAAAGAGCUGGCUUUGCAGUCUCAUUUGCCCAAGAUAGAAAAUCCAGAUACCCCAGAUAGAGACAUAAAUCCCAAGAGAAAACUUCCAAAGCCGGCUUAUGAGUCCGAAAACUUCAAGGUGCCUGAAUGGAAACGUGCGUUUGGAGAGCUCUUUAUAAAUGUGUUCCGUAUCGAUAUGGAUAAUGUGAGGGCUGGAACAAUGGGAGGAUCGAAAUACUAUUAUAUGUGCAAAGAUCAAGGAUUGCAGUUCAAGGAUGAGCCGCUAUCUGAAACGGCCAUCUUCUGGUACCAAACUCUUGGCUUGCCUAGAACUUUUGGCCAAUGGUUCCAGAUCACUGGCCUUCAUGUGUGGUUACUCUUUGUUAGAAUGAGAGCCAUGCCAUUCAAAGUCGGGAAAAACUAUCAACAAAAACUUGUGGAUAAGUUCUUUAAGGAUAUCGAGCUCCGAUUGAGCGAGGAAAUGAAUAUUCUUUCAGGACAAAUUAGAGAAAGCUACAUGAAAGAUUUCCAUUCGCAACUUUUAGGAAUAACAUUUUCUUACGAUGAAGCUCUUGCUUCCAACUCAGACAGCGUGUUAGCUGCUGCUCUCUGGAGAAAUGUGUUUAAUGGUGACAAGAACAUAGAUAAUGUCAAAUUGGAAGCCCUCGUGAGGUAUGUGAGGAUGCAACUAUACAUUUUGAACAAAAUCAGUGAUAGAGCUUUUGGUUUUGGCGACUUUGAGUUUGUCGCACCAAAUGAAACUAUCGAACCACUUACACCUCAAGAAGAAGAAAAAUUGAGGGAGGCUACUCGUCAAAAGUAUGAACCACAGAACGGCAAAAUUCUCCCUAGUAAUCGCUCGAGCCUUUCGCUAGACGAAUGA